AACAUUUAUAGAGUUUUCCGGCCUUCCGGUUUUACUACUAAUACAAGUAUCAAAGGUAACGUCAGAUUAUCUAAUGUCAGUCGAGGAGAUGAACAGAAGAAGAAUCCAACAACCACCUUUGUGGGUGGGGGAUGGGGCAGCGGAGUUCAUAGGAAAUCCAACUCAGCCAAUGUUCGAUACGAUAGUUGCAAUGACCGUUUGGUUGGGUUCGGUGCAUCUCAACCUUUUUAUUAUUUUCUUUUCUUUCUUCUUCCUUUCUCUUCGUCAAUUCUUCAUGGUGAUGGGGUUGCUUGUAGUUUUAAUUGUGAUCCCAAUUAAUGAGAGGAGUAGAUGGGGCAGAGCUUUAGGCAGGUAUAUAUGUAAGCAUGCUGUUGGGUUUUUCCCUAUAACCCUCCAUGUAGAGGAUUAUAAAGCUUUUAAUCCUGAUCAAGCUUAUGUUUUUGCAUAUGAGCCCCAUUCAGUUUGGCCGAUUGGAGUUGUUGCAUUGGCAGAUCUCACUGGUUUUAUGCCUAUUCCCAAGAUAAAGGUUCUUGCAAGUACUGCUGUGUUCUAUACACCGUUUCUGAGGCAUAUAUGGACAUGGCUUGGAUUAAUCGCAGCCACGAGGAAAAAUUUCUCCUCACUGUUAAAGGCUGGCUAUAGCUGCAUAAUUGUGCCAGGUGGUGUGCAAGAGACAUUUUACAUGGAACAGGAUUCGGAGGUUGCCUAUCUGAAAACAAGGAAAGGAUUUGUUAAAAUUGCAAUGGAGACUAAUAGCCCCUUGGUUCCUGUUUUUGGUUUCGGUCAGUCAUAUGUUUACAAGUGGUGGAAGCCACAUGGAAAUUUGUUCCUCAAACUCUCUCGAGCUAUAAAAUUCACUCCGAUCAUUUUCUGGGGUAUCUUUGGGUCUCCUUUACCCUUUCGCCAACCAAUGCAUGUGGUGGUUGGUAGACCAAUACAUUUUAAGAAAAACACAACGCCUACCAUAGAAGAGGUUGCAGAAGUACAUAGGCAAUAUGUAGAUGCAGUUAAAGAUUUAUUUGAGAGUCAUAAAGCUCGGGCUGGUUAUCCUCAUCUUCAGUUAAGAAUUAUGUGAGUCUCCAUCCUAGUGCCACAGUUAUGUAUUGUACAAAUAUGGGACACCAUUCUCCCUGGCAAAGCAGAAGUCAAAAGUUCUAUUUUAGGAACCAAAGAUACAUGGCAGAAAUCAAAAGUUCUAUAGUAGGAACAAAUGAUACAUAAUUUUUUUUUAUACAUUUGGAACUUGUACCAGUACAUAUUUUGUCGAUAUGUAAGCGUUUCAGCGUUUGUAUACCCAAUUAUAUUUCUAAUUAUUUGGAACUCCUUUCUUAAUAGUC